AAACAAUGUGCGUUGUUCGAGUAAAGCUUGAAAAGGCACAACAAAAAAAAAUUCCACACAAUGGGUCUUCAAGGACGAGGAGACAAAAUGACCAAAUUUUUUUAACACUCUUUUUUGAAAUGUUUUAUGUCAAAAUAUCAUAUUACAGACAGUACUGAGAGUCUUACAGAGAGUACAGAAAUGGGUGUUUCCUAAUCCCUACCUGCCCUGACGUGUCGUUCAGAGCAUCAUGGCCUCAAGAGAGGUUAUAUACAGUAUAUAUAAUAGAUCUCGAACAUCUCCAGAGUCAUAUUUUUCCAGGGUCUUUGGUCCUUAUCAGCUACACAGGCUACUUCUCCUUGACCAAGGAAUAGUUCACUGUUGCCAAUGAAGAGGGAAGUGGCACCAUGUUGGGACCUCUCGGUCACCGUACUGCGAGCGAAGUUCAGCCAAUCACACGACUACUUUUCUCAGUCUGACCUCUACGUAACCUUGUGUAUGCCCACGGCCUCGGUCAAUACUCUGCGCACUAAGAGCAUUCCUAACUGCAACAAACCUGAAUGGAACGAGACCUUCCACUUCCGUGUGAACAGCCACGUCAAGAAUAUUCUGGAGCUAAACGUAUAUGAUGAAGAUCUUAGGCGAGACGACCUCUGCACUAGGCUCUUCUUCGACAUCAGCACCCUCACAGUGGGCAAGAAGAAGACUAAGGUCUUCAUCACUGAUGAAAAGACAAAGGAUGAGCUGUGGGUAGAUUUCGAGGUCAGAGAGUGCCCUGACGCAUCCCGAGGAUAUCUCUCCAACGGAGUUCUUGUGGCGGCGCCGCUGUCCGUCGUGGAGGUGACGAUCGAUAGACUGCCGCCUGAUGUGCGACAGAACAUGCUGUUAACGUUACGAGGGGCGUAUGUUGAAGAUCAAGUCAUCUCGCCUUCCAAGGAAAACAGCCUCAUGCAGACUCUUCGCUACUACAUCAACAAAGACCUGGAGACCAAGAUUGAACUUCAGGCGGAUGGGAAGGAAGCAAGUCCAGCUUCGUCCCCUGCAUCGCCGUUGUCCGCUGCAUCCACAUCGGCGUUCACCUUCUCUCUUCCUGCAGUAAAGGACACUGUAAAUUUGCAGGUGAACACAGUAGAGAGUCCUGAGGAGGACAUGAAGGUGCGUCUGGAUUUUGACAUACCUGCAAAGGAGAAGGCGUUUCUGGUGAAAAGGAAAGAAGUGGUGUCUCGUGCACUGCAGAAAAUACUCAACCUCAAAUCCCCCCUGGAUCCAAGUAAGGUGCCAACAGUGGCUUUGGUGUGUUCAGGAGGUGGCUCGAGGGCCAUGACGGGCAUGUACGGUUCUCUGAAAGGACUGCAGUGUUUUGGCUUGUUGGAUACCAUUAGCUACAGCACUACUGUGUCUGGUUCCACCUGGGCUAAUGCGUACCUCUACAAUGACCCACUCUGGUCAAAGAAAGACCUUGAUGAGGCAAUUGUGUCAGUGAAGAAAGAGCUCUCUAAGAGUACCAAAGGUCUGUUUGGUCCCAGCCUGUUGCGGUAUUACUACUCCGAGCUGCGGCAGAAACGGAAGGAAGGUCACCUUGUCUCUCCUAUCGACAUGUGGGGGCUCAUGAUAGAAAACGCCAUUUAUGGAAAGAAACACACAGCUACACUGUCUGACCAGCAGGAGGCAGUCUCCGAAGGCCAGAACCCGCUCCCAAUCUACACAGCCGUCAACAUGAAGAAGGCCGCUGGCGGCUUCAUGGUGGCUGAGUGGUGUGAGUUUACUCCAUUUGAGGUAGGAUUCCCCAAAUAUGGAGGCUUUGUGCCUACAGAACAUUUUGGGAGCGAGUACUACCUUGGUCAUCUGGUUAAGAAAGUACCAGAGACACGAAUCUCCUACUAUUUGGGCAUGUGGAGCAGCGUCUUCUCUGCUAACCUGAUGCAGCUCUGGAAACAUGUGACUGGAGCAAUGCCGUCCUGGACUUCCUGGCUGGGGGAGGAUGUGUGCAGCAUUGAGACAGAUGAUAAUCAGUCAACGCUGGAUACCUUGCGGCUCACUUCAGAGGCUUCGACACUGAGCAACUUGAUGCAUGGUCGUCCCAUCAUCUACAAUGUGUUCAACUUCUUGCGAGGAUUCUUCCUGCACAACACGUACAGCGAAAACUUCAGGUUCAACACCUCUAAAGAGACACACCCGGAUGCGUUUCCGAACAGUCUGACCCCAAGAGAUCACACCAUUGGCUUGGUAGAUGCUGGUUUUGCCAUUAACGCAGCCUUCCCACCAGUGCUGUGGCCAUAUCGACGCGCCGACGUCAUUCUGUGCCUCAGCUACUCCUGGGAUGAGGAUCCUCUAAGUAUCCUUAAGAAGACUCAGCGCCACUGUGCUGACCGCCAGCUGCCUUUCCCAAACAUAGACUUCAGCAAGUAUGAGUCUGAGUCCCCAAGGGAAGUGUAUGUAUUUGAGGACGAGGAGAAUCCGGAUGCUCCCAUAGUGGUCCACUUCCCGCUGGUCAACAUCUCCUUCAAAGAGCAUAAAGCACCUGGGGUGAAGAGACAGGGAAAGGAGGAGUUGAACGCCGGAAAUGUCGAUGUGAGCUCUAGAUCCUCUCCGUACGUCACAUCAAACCUCACAUACGCGCCGGAGGACUUCCAGAGAUUGGUGGACCUCACUUGCUAUAAUGUCUCCAACAACAAGGAGAGCAUCGUGUGCGCUCUAGAGAGGGCUCUGAACAGAAAAGGGCUCGCUAACAACGCUCCUAACGAAGAAAAGUAAAAGCGUAGCUAUGGCCGUAAAAACACUUGCAUGUUGUUCGAUUCGUGUUAAUCGGCUACAUUUUUAACAGUAGCGUGUUUAGUCAUUUCAUAACUCUGAAAUUCACGGAUGGCAGUAAUAGAGUAACCUUAAAAAAUAUAUAUAUAUGCUUUAACAAAGUAAUCGUAGUGGAAACUAGAACUCUCAUAGUUAAGGAAAUGUUUGGAGUAAAGCUGGAAAUGUAGUUAAAUACAAAUACAAAAAAAGUGCAAAACAACGUAACCACUACAAAAAGACUGUAUAGUCCAUCUUUUAUAUCACUCGCUCUGUGUUAUCCUGUUUAAAUCAAAUUACAUUGAAACUGUUUAAAUCAAAUUACAUUGGAACUGUUACUGAGAGGGCAUGAUAAGGAAGUACACCACAUUCCCCAGAGUUUCCUGCUGUAAGGAAUUAGAUCCCUUUUAAAUCCACUUCUGCCUAUAUCGUAUAUCCAUCUUCAAUCGAAAUUAACUUGAAAUGUUCUGGGGGCGAGUAAAGUGUAUCUGUACCUGGUUUUUAGUCCUGAAGCUGCAAACUCUUUCCGCAAACAAUCUCAAAGCAUGUUUGUUUAAUCGUGUAUUUACUUACCUUUCAAUUAUGUUAAACUGGCUGAGUUAAAAAUCCGCUUUAUACCAUGUUAAAUUCUCACAUCUGAUUGGUCAGAAGGUGUUGCUUAAUAUAUUAAGUUAUAGCAACAACUCAGACAAAGACCUGUACGGUGGGUGCAUAACAGGAAUGGAUUUUUUACAAUGUGGGGAAUAGUUCAUAUGGUGCAGUUUGUUUUGUUAUGCAAGUUGAGUCCAGUGCUAGUGCUUGGUACAGCUCAAGUUCAAGUUCUGCAACACAGAAAAGUCUUUAGGUGUGUGUAGGGGAAGACCACCCACUGGUCCAACGAAGGUAUCCAACGGCGUGGCAGAUGGCUUCAUACUUGUUACUGUCUUCCCUUUUAUCUUUCCUUUAAAUAUAAACAUUCAAAUGAACAAUUUGUCAACAUUGUGAUGCUCUUUUUACUUUAUCAGACUCCAAUUAUGAAUGCUUCUAAGAGAUAUUAAAAUCCCAAGCUCUAUCAUUAAACUUAUCUCGACAUUUGAUUAUCCUUACAAUCACAUGCACACACGCCAAUCAGCCUACCCUGCAUCGAGAACAUUCAAACUCCACACACAAGGCCGUGGCAGGAAUCGAACCCCAACCCAGGAGGUGUGAGGCGAAUGUGCUAACCACUUAAUUAGAAUAGCGUUACCUCUAGUCAGCGGCCAUGACCACUACUAUCUGAACAAGUUGACCAAUUUUACUUCUCUAUAAUAGUAGCUUUGUUUAAUCAUGCCAUGGUUUACCAUGUACACUUAACUAGAAUAAUAUUACAACGAUCAGAGGUUAAGGCUCACCCUAUUUAGAUUGGUCAAGCAACACUAUGUUGUUCUAAACAGAAAUUCCUUUCAGCCUAAAAUCUCCGUUGGUGUGCCCCAAUACUCCACCUAAACCUGGAUUUCAGCCUGUACUAGCCGGUACUAACCUGGUCUCAGAUGUGUGGCAACACGGACUUAACGUAAUCUACUAGAGGCGAUAAUUUCAUGGUAGAUCGGAAUGAAUUCAAAUGUAACAAUGUAUUAACCAGGUAAUUUCAGUAAUAAUUCUUAAUCCAAUUCAGAAGAUAAUAAGCAGUCAUCAGUAAUAUAUAAACAUCACGUAAAACACAAACAAGUAAAUUAGAGAUGUUAACCUGGCAAUGAAACUACACACAACAACUGUGCAGGAGAUCUGUCUACAGGUUCCCUGAAUCUUUUGCCAGCUCUCCCUAAAUACCCAGAUACUCUGUAGGUCCACCAAAUGGUGGUGUUUGUGAUUAUAAUUAGAAAUUGGAUCCACUAUUCAGGGGGUCAGUUGGCAUUUGUGAUUGAAUGGGUCUUCGAUGGCUGUGGAAGGGGGAUGUAACUUAUUUACAUACAGGAGUUGAUUUGUCUGAGGGACCUUGUGAGGGUAUGCCUUCAACGGCAUGCAAUAUGUUUCUACGUUUUAUAGAUCUUAAUAGUGAUUUGAACUGCUGCUGAGGGAAUGAGACCAUUUUUCCAGAUGCACUGAGACCUUUUGAAUGAUACUAAACAUGUAUACUUCUUAUUCACAUUAAACAUACUAUCUAAUGAGUUCAAGGUGAUCUCAACACCGAGUGAGAGAACGGUAUGGGGAGAAAGAUAAGGGAGCAAUGUAGAAGAACAAUCGUGAGGUGUGAUCUUCCAGUUUCUGCUCAGUGUGAUGUGCUAUCUGGGAUGAAGAUGCUAAUUCUGUGGGAGAGAGUUCAAAUGUUAAUUUUCGUAAGAGUCCUUUGUCCACGGAGAGCAGUACUCCAGUAAGGCACCAGCCUUUGUGGGUUCGUUGGUGACAUGAAAAGCUGCAAUCAUUUUGCCUUAUUAACAAGAAAUAGAGAGAGGAAAAACGAGGGGCUGGUGACGGUAGUUAUUAGGUGUUAAUAGCUGCUAUAAUGCAAGUGAUAACAGGAACUAACUUGUUUCAUGGACGGUCCAUGAGAUAAAAUGUAACUAUAAAAAACGACAAAGAUAAAAAUAUAUACAGUAUAAUGCGUUGUAAUCCAUCCAUCCAUCCAUCUUCUAUACCGCUUAUCCUUUUCAGGGUCACGGGGAACCUGCAGCCUAUCCCAGGGAGCAUCGGGCACAAGGCGGGGUACACCCUGGACAGGGUGCCAAUCCAUCGCAGGGCACAAUCACAUACACACUCACACACCCAUUCAUACACUACGGACACUUUGGACAUGCCAAUCAGCCUACCGUGCAUGUCUUUGGACUGGGGGAGGAAACCGGAGUACCCGGAGGAAACCCCCUCAGCCACGGUGGGAAUCGAACCCCCGACCCUGGAGGUGUGCGGCUAACCACUAAGCCACCGUGCGCCCUUGUGUCGUUAUUUAAUCAAUAAAUAAUAAAAUUAGUGUUGGCAAGUUGUUGCAGUAUUAGAGGAAUUAAAACAAUUUGGGAUGUGCUGGUUUCCCUACAUACUCCAUCAUAUAUUUUUGCUUUCCUUGUAUCCUUGUGUCAGUUUCAUUGGCCUUGUAAAGCCUUUUGUAAACAUAUCUUUAAACAGUAUGCAUGUUAUGCUGUAAACAUCUAUGAAUAGCAACUGUUUUUAAUCUCGUAAAGCUUCAUAAGUCAUUAUAUAUCCUUCAUCUACUCGCAUAGCUGAUGGACAUAAUGCCUUGUGUCUCAAACAAAACAACAACAUUUUGAUGAAACCUGUACUACUCAGUUUGGUAUUCUCCACAUGUGAUAUAUUACAUACUAUUCUACAUGCAGCUGCUUUUUUUUUUUUUUUUUGUACUAAACUUUUUUUUUUAUAACUAAAUAAGUGGGGCUCAACACUCAACACUGGUCUACAUUAACCCAUCAUGAAUAAAUAAAUGUCUUUUCAGACUAAACUUUGUGUCGGAAUGUGCAUCAUUUCAGAUUUAAGCUGCGGUUUACAUUCUACAUACGCGAGACACGCACCAUACGGAGUGUACUGUAGAAUGAGUCAGGUGUACUAGUAAAGGGAAAAC